AAAAUGUUGUCAAAACCGUUUAAGCGGUUAAGAGCGUCAGGUGUGUUUUUGGCACAUUGGCUUUAAACAAUAUGAAAAUGGAUUUGAAUUCUGUUAAAAUUACUGAAGCGAUCGGAUUUCGUAGUUUGGUGACAACAUUCGAAAAAGCUUUAGAGAUCGGGUUGCAGAAAAAAGAUGUAAGAAUAUUAAAGCGCGUAUACGAUGCGUUUGAGUCUACCACAAAUCAUGAUAAAAAAUCUCCUAUGGAUGAGGCAUUCCGUGAGUUCAUGCUAUACAAACUAAUGGAUAAUGUGGAGAAGAUUGGUGCAUUGGUGCGGCUUUCUGUAGAUGCAGUACGAGAGGAGAUCGCAUCAGUAACAAUCCCAGUCGUUUUGCUAGCUGAUGUGUUCGAUGUGGUCACGCUGGACAAAUGUGAGCUUAUAUUUAAUUUCGUUGAAGAAAUGUUAGAUAUAUGGAAAGAGGAAAUAUUUUUUACAUCCUGUAAAAAUAAUAUACUUCGCAUGUGCAAUGACUUGCUGAGGCGUUUGUCGCGUUCACAGAAUACAGUCUUUUGUGGACGUAUUUUACUUUUCCUAUCAAAGUUCUUUCCGCUCUCAGAACGUUCGGGACUCAAUAUUGUCUCGGAAUUUAAUUUAGAAAAUGUUACAGAGUAUGGUACUGACGAUAAGUCUUUGGAUGACGGCUUAGAAAACACAGUUGACGAUAUUCCAAUAAAGGUUGAUUACAAUUUAUAUUGUAAGUUUUGGUCAUUACAAGAUUUUUUCCGAAACCCGGUGCAAUGCUAUAGCAAAACUCAAUGGAAAAUGUUUCAAUCGCAUACAAAUACUGUUUUGGAUGCCUUUGAUGGCUUCAAACUUGAUUGUGGACUAAAAAGGAGGAAAACUGACACUGAAAAAAAGGUAGAUGACAAAGCACAGUCAACAUCAAAAUCAACUAUGAAAAAUAACAGGCAGGAUGAGGACAAUGAAAAUAUUUUUAAAUCGGAUAUAUUCUUUGCAAAAUAUCUAACAAAUCCAAAACUUUUAGCACUGCAGUUGUCCGAUUCGAAGUUUCGGCGCGCAACUCUAGUGCAAUUUCUCAUUCUUUUCCAAUAUCUGCAGUCAAAAGUGAAAUUUAAGACAGAUUCAAGUGUUUUGACAUCAUCGCAGGAGUUAUACAUAGAGACUACUCAGACUAGGGUAUAUAAGCUGAUAGAAGAAACUCCACCAAAUGGUAACCAGUUCUUGCGAACUGUCCAACACAUUCUAAAUCGAGAAGAGAUAUGGAAUAAGUGGAAAAAUGAAGGUUGUAAGGAAAUUAGAAAACCUGACGACGUUCAAAAUAACACAAAAGGAAAGGAGGAACCUCAAGAAGACAACGCCACAACAAGUGGUAGUGGUGCAGUAGUUAAUGACAGUAAUGUGAAAGAAGAAUCUAGCGAUGAAUCAUUUAUUAAACAGAUUCAACCACACACAAGGAAAAGGCUCUUGGGCGAUAUACUUAGGGAAAGUUAUAACUCAAAUAGAUACUAUUUAGGCCAUCCAUUACUAACUGAACUCUGGAAUUUAGCACCGGAUAAUCUAUCAGCAUGUAAAAGUGAAGAUCGUAAUUUCUUACCUGAAUUCGAAGUAUAUCUCAAUAACAAAAACGAUAGAAGUGACUCUUCAUCAUGGCGAGCAUUGCGUUUGUUGGCAAGACAAUCUCCACACUUUUUCACCACAUUUAAUUCGUCAUCAAGUUAUAAAAUACCGGAUUACUUGGAGAAUAUGCGCCGCAGAAUUAUUAGGGAAAAGUUAGAAAAUGCCAAACCAGCCACAAGUGCAACAGUAACCAAUGGUCAAGUCAGCAGCAACGGAUCAACUCUUGAAAAUGAAACUAUGACACUAACUGACGCUGAACAAGAAGCUGAGCCUGAGUUAGGCGCUGAUGAAGAUAUUGAAAAAAACGAAGACGAUAGAAAUGCCCAUUCGAAACCUCUUGUGGCCACACACGAACAAAUCGAAGAGAUUGCUCCACUUAUUGGCGAUGAUUGGAAGAAGUUAGGUAAGAAACUAGGUUACACUCCAGACGAGUUGGAAUUUUUCGAAACAGAACACACUGAACCUAAUACUGCCUGUGUUACAAUGUUGGUUAAUUGGUUUGCGGAUGAUGACGAUGCCACACUUGACAAUUGGGCUUACAUGAUGGAAGGCCUAGAAAUCAAUGAAGCUGCGACAGCUGUCAAGGCAAUGAUCGAACGUUUAUCGACAAAAAGUAGUAAAACAGACGUAGAAGUAAUUUCGGACUAACAAUUCAACGCAGCACAACGCAACACAACACAACACAACAACAAAAACGCAAAUGAUCUGUUAAAAAAAAUUUUA